CGGCGAGGGGACGAGUCGCCCUCACCGUACCGUGUAGGGAGUCAGGCUCGCUCCCUGUCUGGCUCCAUCCACGCCGGGCACGGAGGAAGGCUGGUACGCACAGACAGGGACAUAUCUGCAGUACCGAUCCUUGUCCAAAACUGAAACCUCUUGCUGUUGGUGCCGAGUCAGAGCUGCCGCCCGUGACACGCGCACCGGCAACGAACGCAUCCCCGCCGUCCCCUGCGAAUCGUACCGUCCAACGUAGCCCCAAAGCGCUCCAGGUCCAACGGCCCGGGCGCGCGCGCCACGCCCCGAGCCCGCGUCGCGUGCCUCCUCGGGAAUCCGAUCACGACGAAGAUAUCACUUUCCUAUCCUACCCGGAUUAAAACCCGCCCGACUCCUCCCCCGAGAUCGAUACACCGCCCUGUUAAAGUCCCAAAGCCCUCGCCACGCAGCAAACCCCGUCAGCUCCGCCGCCAACAGAAGCGAUCGACGGCGGGAGCUCCCAAUCCAGCCACCACGGGGGCCCAUCCUUCCAAGUCCGCCGGCAACGGCAUGCAGCAGCAACCCAGCUGCAAGUUCGAGGAGGAAGCGAAGAUGACGGGGGAUCCGCUCCUCGUCCUGGACGCCCUCGUGCAGGUGUUCCCGCAGGUUAACUUGUCAACCCUCAUAGAAGUUUCAAUUUCAUUCAAAGGCGACCUUGAAGCCGCUGCGGGAUAUGUCGUCCACAACGUGCUACCAAAUAUUGGCCCGGAUGACAUUAACGCAGAUAUGAAUGAAGAAAUUCUUGGAAAACAUGAAGAAGUAUCUGCUGACACCCACAGCCAUCUGUUGGCUGCAUCCGUUGUUAACGGCACCCUUUCAGAACCCGACCAGUUCGAUGUCGCAGCCAAUGAGGAUUCAGCUGAAACUCAGGAUAGUCCCAUGGGGGAGCAUUUGACGCAAUCGCCUUCUGCAGCAUUAGCAUCUGAUCUGGCUGUUCUACCGGAAGAAAGCAAUUCCGAUCCUGUGAUAGCUGGCGCGCAGAACUCUGUAACUGAGCAUGAAAACCAGCAAGAAGUAAUGCAUUCUUCUAACCACCAUACGGGUGGUCAUGGUGAUGAACAAGUACAAUGCUCAUCUUCCGAGACAAACCAGGGCAUGCCAGUUUCUGAAGAUAACUUGGCGCUACAUGAUGAUGGUUCACAUGAUAGGAACAUGGGAUCAAACUAUUCUAUUUGCCCCGAAUCCAUUGACCAUAUUAUCUCUGCUGAAAAUUACAAUAAGAAUGCAUUGCUGUCAAAUGUGGCUGCAAUAAGUGAAAUGCUAGAGGAGGUUGAGCUUAGUGAAGCAGAAACAAAAAAUGUUGUAACUGAAGCAAGCCAAGCUGGAAAUGAUAUUCUUGUAGAGGCGGCGAAGCUGAAAGAAAUGUCCACCUCUGUAGUGGAAGAGAACAACAAGGUUGCAGCAGAGGUUUUUGCUGAGAAAUCUGUUCUAGCAGCAGAAGCGCAGGGGCUGCAGUCUAGGUUGUCCGACAUUUCUGACGAACGAAACCACUUCGUGACGAUCAUUGAUGAGAUGCAUGAAACUCUUCAAAGAAGACGUGAAUUAGCACAAGCAGACAGAGCAGCCGCUGAGAGGGAAAUGGUUGAAAGGGAGACAACAGCUAAAGAAAUGCUGAAAGAGCAGGAAGUCCUACUUGAAGCUGCCAAGGAAGAGUCUAAAAGGCUGGAGCAACAAGCACAGGAGAAUGCAAAGCUGAGGGAGCUACUGACGGACAGAGGCCAUGUUGUUGAUGCAUUGCAUGGUGAAAUGCUAGGGAUCUUCGACAACAUUGCACAGCUCCAGUACAGAGUUGAUAUGGGGCAACUAGCUUCGUCGACCAUGUCCAGCUCAGUCAAGUCAGCAGCUAACAAAUUUUCGGCUGAAGAACCGCUGCAUUUCUCUGCACCGAGUUUGCCCAGCCCAGUCAAUUCAGCACCUUCCAGACUAAUUUAUGCUGAUGAACCGCCGGAACUUGCUCCAUCGAGCUUAGCAGGCUCAGUUCAUUCGGCGCCUUGCAAACUAGUUUCUGUUGGUGAACCACUGCAACUAGCUUCACCGAACUUGUCCAGCUCCGUCAAAUCGGCAACUUCUGAGAGCAGCUGGUCUUCUGCUACAGAGUCAACUUCAAGUUAUAAUGGUGACGAGGAGAUCGCUGUUGCUUCUCCCCAUGACAAGUUUGCUCUGGAUGACAGCUGGGAUGUGGUUGAAGGAGAGGAACAAUGCAUCUGCUAAACUUCUCAACAUGAUUCUUAUGUUGCCCUAAUCAUUUAUUCAUUGGUUUCAGCAAGAGGAAUCAGAAGUUGCCUUUAGGGCUGAAAGGCUUGUUCCUGAUUUAUGCACAUUGUCAUCGUGCUUUCCUGUUUUUUUUUUAGUGUAUCCUUCUUGAAAACUGAAGGUGGAGAAUUUGUUAAAAGUGAUCUUGAUUGGAAGUAAGACAGGUUCUUCUGCACAAGUUUAUUUCAGUGAAGUGUGGUUGAUGUCGAAAA